AUGGUGCUGCUUUGGAGGUCACCAGGUCAAUGCAGUGUUAUCGGCCAGGGCAGCGAAGGUGCCCUGCUGAGAGCUGCUGCUUCUAUCUUCCGGGGGAUUAUGAGCUCUUUUACAGUGCACAAUACUACUAGCGCACGCUGCGCCGCCACCGCCCCGCACGCCUCGCGCAACACACGUACUGGAACCUCCGCGGCCACGGCAACGGCGCGAUCCUCGACCGCCGUCGAGAUCUUCGCGUCCGCCGUGACGCCCGUCGCUGGCGACCUCAUCCCGACCAGCGCCGUCGCGCCCGUCGCCGGGACGCCGUUCGACUUCCGCGUCCCCGCCGCGCCCGGCGCGCGCAUCGCGGAGGUGGAAGGAGGGUACGACGUCAGCUACGUCCUCGACGGCGCGGCGGACGGGCAGGGGGUGAGGAAGGUGGCGGUGGUGAGCGACGCGGACUCUGGGCGGGUGAUGGAGUUGUGGGCCGACCAGCCCGGGCUCCAGUUCUACACGGGCAACUUCCUCAAGGGCGACGAGGGCAAGGGCAGCACCAUCUACGCCAAGCACGGCAGGCUGUGCCGGGAGACGCAGGACUACCCGGACGCAAUGCACGACCCGGGGUUCCCCGCCGAGGUCUACCGCCCCGGGCAGGUGUACAAGCACUACAUGCUCUACAAGUUCUCGCUCAAGAAAUAG